AUGAAUCUGACAGUACUCAGUAUUCUACUUAUUACGCUGUUCCACCAACAAUAUUUCACCCAAGCAGCACCUCCUCCUUUCGUUGGAUCCAUGAAUCCGUAUAUGAAUGUAUUGGGAUCAGAUGCCGACGGUUCAUUGCCAAAUGGAGAUAAAAAAUUAUGGAAGCGAAAAGUAGAGGAGCCAUUUCAUUUGGCUCAUUUAAGAUUUGGAUGA